CAUCAUUGAAUACACACACACGGCUCCGUCGCUGAAAGUUGAGGCCAAGCAAGUAGAACACCGCUCUGUUGGUGAGUUUGGAUACCGAAGGAAGUGACGAGACUGAGCUAGAAACGGAGAAAAAACAUACACGGUUAAUAACAGAAGAAGAAUACAAGGCAACGUGCAGCUUUACAAAUCAACAGUGCGGGGAAAGUAGAAUGCGCAUGACCUGCAUAAGCGCUGAAGUGGCGAAGCAAAGUUUCUCAAUGGAAAGCAACUAGCUGGAGCUCAGUGAAGAGCCGAGAUUAUGGACUCGACGCUGAUAAGACCCCUUUCCACGGGAAUUGUCUUGGUUUUGAUUGAAUAAAACAGCAUCUUUUGAGACGUGUGUCCAUUUCGUGCAAGGCAGGAGAAUGGAAGAACAUUUGGAGUUUACCCUGGAAAGGAACGGAUCGCAAAACCUGCCUUUCUGUGAUAACUGAAAUCAAAACUACAAAUGUUUAGCGGGUAUUUCGAAUAGCAAUACUUCGUUCUCGUUUUCUUUUGUGAAGUUCGGUUUUGUCUCAUCUGGAAUGUUUGCCAGUGGUGUUACAUCGGUUUCAGUUCGGACACACACUUUACUGAUCUGUUUCGCUCUGGUGCUGAUAACCUUUGGACGUGGGUCAGAAUUGAGAGUUCGCGUUCGUUUAGCUGACGGACAAAUAACGGAGGAAGUUUUGGAAGCGGACGUAGAGAAGGACUCGAUAACGUUGGAGUUCAAGCAAGGAGAUGGGACUCUCAUUACGUUCGUGGCCGACUUCAAACAGGAUGUGAAGAUCUUCCGGGCGCUGGUCCUGGGGGAGCUGGAGCGAGGGCAGAGCCAGUACCAGACACUCUGCUUCAUCUCACACCUGGGACACAACGAGAUCAUCCCCAGCGAGUCCAUGGCCCGGCUCCGCCAGAAAAACCCUCACGCCAUACGGCUGGCGGAGGAGAGGCGUGGCCUGGAGCAGCUGGCGAUGGGCGUGGCUGUGAACGUGAGCCGGGUGGCUCAGCUGAGUGGACACAUCCAAGACAUGUGCAGCGAGGCGCGAGAGGCGCUCUAUACCCGCGAGGCCGACGCACAACACUGGCAGGACAGAGGUGUGGAGGGCUCUGUGUUUGAGCUGCUGCCCCAGGGGUCGGAGGUCACGCCCCUGCCCACCUGCCGCUCGACCAGUGACCCGUGGCAGGCCUGCACGUGCAGCUACAGCCUGCGUCUGGAGUGGUACCCCUGCCUGCUCAAGUACUGCCGCAGCCGUGACACGACGGGCCGGGCGAGCCCCUACAAGUGUGGCAUCAAGAGCUGCAGCAAGGGCUACAGCUUCACCUACUAUGUCCCCCACAAACAGCUCUGCCUCUGGGAUGAGGAGACCUAACCUGGGGCCGGGACCGGUCUGGGGCAUGAUGUCUGGGGUCUGACCAUGCCCCUCCUCCCCUCCUCCCCCCUACCAACCAUGGACUUUAAUAGACCAGAGAUGCCUGCUUGCUCCUGUGAGGACUGACACACAACUGUUUCACAGCCUGCUGGCUCUCCUGCAGCUCGCUGGCUUCCUGACAUUCAGACCACCGUGACCAUUUCCUGCUAUCACUUGUGCCAAUGUGGGAAAGUGAAUGGCAAAUGCUGACAACAUCCUCUACCGACCAGGAAGUGGAGGUGUAUUGGACAGUGCAGCUUCCUGUACGUGUGUGGCCAGUAUAGGAAGUGAACUGGCGAUUAGAACAAUGUCUCCGUUGCCUGCCAAAGCAAACCUGGGGAAGAGCUUGUCUGGGCUUUGUGUAGCAACUCAUACAGCUGCAAAACUGAUCUGCUCCAAUGCUGCCGUUAUUUAUUAUGUUGCAAAGUGAAAUUAUCAAAAAGCCUAGGUGUUGUGAUAUGCUUAGAACUUUAGCUCAUGAUGAUGUUGUUGUUGUUGGUGUCCCUGACUAGUCAGUAAGAAAGCAACAUGUCUACAAUAUCUGUUUUACUGGGCAUUGUACACAGAUAGUUGCUGCUAUGUGGGUAUAGGCGUUGUGAUUGGACAGUGGAAUGAGACUUGGUUGUGUGAACCAAGGGUGUGAGAAAAAAAAGGUGGACCAGUUGAUGCCAGUGAUCCAAGUGUUAUUGUAGAGUGAUUAAUCAGGGUUUAACAGAUAACCUAUCAGUCAUGGAUUGAAUUUACUUUUCUCAUGUCUAGUAACCUAGUAAAGACCUUGAUUAGGUUGUUGUUAUGGAUGUGAAAGUUCACACGUUGAAGAAUGGAAAAAGGGCUCAUUCUAAAAGGUUUGUGUGAUGUGUGUGCACAAAACAAUACUGCCACCCUCUGGUCACUAAUGGGGUUUCAUGCAAAACUAUCAAACUGAACGAAUGUGAACUACAGCAAACUUAUUAUUCGCAGUACAUUUCUACAUUUCACACCCUCGCCUCAACACCACCUCAGUUUAGUCAUAGGCUUGUAAUAUACAUGAUUAGCAGUCUUGCUGACAAAGGACCAAAUACAGACUCAGUCUGUUGUCUCUAAAGUGAGGAUUCAACAAUGAAAUCUAUAUUUUUUACUAACCUUUUUUGUAACACAGUUGUUGAAUUUAUGUUUGUAUUUUAUUUUUUAUGCCAUAUUAUUGUUUGGCCAUUUCAAUCUCCUAUAAUCAAGUGCCUUAACAUUUCGUCUGUUGUUUUUGCUACAGUCCUAGAAUAAAAUAUCAUCCUAUUUUUAUAUUAAAGAGUUUUGUAUGUUUUGCAAAGUGUGUAAUUCCAGAGUAAAAAUGAAGAACUUAUUUACAAUCCAAAACGUUUAUAUUGUCUUAAGGGAUUCAAUAAAGUGUAUCAAUGCACUA